GUAGUUCCUUGCAAUAAAUAUAAAAAUGUUCAAUUAUUUUCCGUUAAAUAAUCGAGUGUAUAUUUUCCUGUAUUAUAGUAUAGAAUUUUCUUAAUUUUAAUUUUAUAAAAUAUAUUGAUAGUUUGGUAUUUUUGAUUAAUUUUCUAUUAUUAUAUUAAUUUUUGCAUAAAAAAAUUGACAUAGGUGAUUCACAUUAAUAAAAAUAAACAUUUACGAUUACAUUUACGCUAUUGUAGAAAAGGUUUUAACGAUAAUAAGACAAACGCAUACAGCUAUUUAUUAUUUGUAUAAAACAAAGUGUACAAUUCGAUCACGAGGCAUUGAAAAUUGUUAUAACACGUUAAGUACAAUGUAUAACAAAUCAGUGUACUGAACAAGUAAAGGUCAUGUGCAUAAGAUUAAUAACGCUAAUUGUAAGAAUGCACGCGAGGCCAGCUCAUAGAAGCAUACUUUGCAGUUUGAGAGUAGCAGUGGACCUGACCAAGCCUUCUGACGAGCAUAUCACGUUAAAAGUGUAUUAGGAAAUAACACGUGUGUUAUUGAAGAUUACCGAAUACGCAUUAAGGUUAAACACGGUGAAUCGAUCAGUCGUACCGGCACGAUUCAAGACAUCAGCUAUCAUGUCAAGCAAUCUGGACAUCAUAAAGUGCUUCGAAUUCGCGAAGGAACUCACAUUGCAAGCAGGCAAGAUACUCGAAUGUAAUUUCGAAAACCAAAAAGUAGUACAAAGCAAAGGAGAAUGGGAUUUUGUAACCGACUCUGAUUACAGAAUUGAGAAAAUAUUUAUUGAUGGCCUGUCCAAGCGGUUUCCUGAUCACAAAAUUAUCGCAGAAGAAACGACAUCUAUGGAGAAAAUGCCAGAAUUGACGGACGCACCGACAUGGUUCCUCGAUCCAAUCGAUGGAACCGUUAAUUUCAUACAUUCGUUUCCUCAUGUCUGCAUAUCCUUAGCUUUAACGGUCUGCAAAGAGCUUGUCCUAGGCAUCAUUUACAAUCCAUUGAACUCAGAGUUAUAUAGCGCAAUAAAGGGUCAAGGCGCUUUCUUAAAUGAAAAGCCGAUUCGCACCUCUAAAGUCACUGAGUUGAAAAAAGCAUUGCAAAUGAACGAUCCGUCAAUUAUGAAACUAAUAAAAAGGAAUAGAGAUAUAUAUGCGGCCAGGAUAGAUGCCUUGAUCGAGAUAACGCAGGUAACCAGAAACAUCGGGUCAGCCGCACUGAUCUUGGCGUACGUAGCGCGAGGUGCGGUGGAUUGCUUCCACUUUGAUGGCCUUCAACCUUGGGAUGUGGCGGCAGGAACGCUGAUCAUACGCGAAGCAGGUGGAGUUGUCAUAGACACAAAAGGUGGUACUUAUGAUAUUAUGAAUCCGCAUACUAUUGCAGCAGCAAAUGAAACUCUAGCUCGAGAGAUGUCUAAAGUAAUCAUCGAAACUGAUUUAAAAACGCAAAGAAAAAGAUUGAAGAGAACCUGACGCAAGGCAAAAAGUGACUCACGCGCUUGAAUCAAGAGCUGAGUAUAAAGCAGGAGAAGGCGUGUUCUAGCUGCGAACAUGUAUUUAUCACGUAAUACGAGAAAAUUACCUAUAAAAAUUAGUCUAAGAAAAGUUUCCGUUAAAAAGAAACCGUUGACGCACUUAGAAGUGUCGUGCGAAACCAAUAUGAGUUAAUUGUUGUGCCAUCGCAAUGCUGUGAAAUGAAAAUUAGCAUAAUUUUUCUCAGUUUUCCUUUCGAUCAAUUUUAUCAUCACCAUUAUGAAAUAAAAUUAUUAUAAAGCGCAGUUUAGUAUCGAACUCAUUAUAAAUCUUUGCAUUCAUCGUACUAACAUAAUGCGAAGUUAUAUUGAUGAUACGAUGUACAGUUUAUAAGAAUAAUUUAUUUCCCGGAAACACAUACAGUAAGACUAUGUUUAAUAUUAUUGAUAUUACUUUUCGUGAGUAUUAAAAAUUGAAAAUAUUAUAAAGUUUAAAAUCAAAAUUUUGCACAGUUUCUAAUAUUUCGUGUACACGAUAAUGUCAGUAUCAUACAUUAAUAUUUAUACUGAUAUGAUAUGACAAAUGUGAUAUUAGAUUAAAAAAAGAUUGCUUUCAUUUGUUCUGUCACGAAACAUUACGUAAUAAGAGUGCAUAAACAGAAUUAUUUAUUCAAAAGCUAGAUAAAGAAACAUAAACCGUAGGCACAAUUGUAAAUGAUUGAGUGUGUUAUACAAGAUUUUCUAACACACUUAUUUCUUAACAAAAUAAUUUAUAAUUUAUAAAUUUAAUUAUAUACUUGCAGAUAUAAUUUGCGGUAAAUACAGGUUUUUAUAAUUACCACAUACUCGCCAAAAUUUAAAUUAUUCUUCCAUUUAGUAAAAAACUUUUUAAAAUAAUUUUCUAGCAUAUUUGACAAGAUUUUUGAUUAGCAAAUUAACGACAUAAUAAUUUGAUUUUUAAAUGAAUCGAUUGAUUAAUCUAAUUAUAUUAAUUGUUCUGUUAUAUAAUGUUGAAUUAAAAAUCGAAACAAUUUGACAAGUUUUUUUGUAACGGCAUGCCGAUAUUAAGAGAUAAGAUAACACAAUUAAUUUUUGAUAUUCUGAAAAAAAAACUGCAAUAAUUCUUUUAUUGUGUACAAUAAAUAUUUAUGGUUGCUGUCCAUUUAUUAUAAAUUGCUUCACCAGUUUCUUUUAUUGCAACAUUCUCAACAUGUACACUAUAUAUUAAAUUUUCGAUGUAUAAUAUGUGUAUAUAUACAUUUGUAUAGUUAAUUUUUCAAACAUAUCACAUUCACUAACAAUCUUGCCUCGCAUCUUAUCA